GUUUACACUAAUCGCAGCAACUGUCACUUUCCACUCACCUUCGUGUUGUCAGUUGAAUAUUUUCUUUGAGUGUUUCCAUGAAGAGGUUGAAAUGAAUUCUGAACGAACUGACGCUAUUUUAUCAGAAAUUCUAAACGAACAUGAAUCUAUAAGCGGCUUCUUCGAUUCCAUAUUUGGAUUUCUAUCCAGACGAACUGACUUCUACUGUGAAAUACCGUCUCCUUCCGACAAAAUUGGAUUCCCACCCGGCGUAAACGAGCAAAUAGUUUUGAAGACACUGCGGAAAUGGAAGAACAAUGUCAUCAAAACAGCUAAUGAGAUUCCCGUUGCUUAUGAAAAGGAAAUUGCAACUUCGAUCGACGAUGAAUUAGCCACAUCCUCAGACAACAACGUGCCCGACGACAAUGAUAUCAGAAAUGACGAGUCUCGCCCGAUAUUCGAACCAUCCGAAUUUUACAACGGUGCCUGUUUUCCGAAUUAUUGCUGGUCGCAGACUAUUAAUGAAAUUGAAUUAUGCAUUCUUGUACCUGAUCAUGUCCGAACUUCAAAGCAUUUACGUGUGAAUAUCGACCAGUCGAAUGUAAAAAUUAUUGAUCAGUCAACUCAGGCUGUUAUCUUGGACGAUACGUUGGCGAGAAAAUGGAAGGCAUCGGAAGCUAACUGGACAUUGGCCCGUAACAAGUUACAAAUUACUGUCGACAAAUUGGUCGAGGCAUGGUGGGAGAAGUUAUUUGUUAGCGAAUCUCGACUAGACACUACCAAAUUAAACUGCACUCGGCCCAUUGAAGAUCUUUCACAAGAUACCCAGGCAAUGAUACGAAAAAUGCAGUGGGACAAUCAGCAGAAGCAAUUAGGAAAUCCAACAUCAAAAGAACGAACGAACCUUGAGAUGUUGCAGAGGGCCUGGAACGUUGAAGGAAGUCCAUUCAAAGGCACACCGUUCGAUCCAAAUGUAGUGACUUUUCAGAAUUAGAAUUGGAGUGUUGAGAAGCAAUCAUUUCUAUAAACGAAACUUUAAGAGACA